UCUAUUGUCUAAAGUUCAGAUGGGAUUAUUGAUAAGUACUACGUACAGCUUUGUUUUCCAGACCAUUUCAAAUUUUCAAUGGGAAGUUUAAUUGCUGGUAACUUAAGACAAAUCACAUAGUCAUCUUCAUCUUUCAACAAAAUCAAAGUUGGAUAACUUAGACCAAGUCAAAUACUCCAUGUCUCUUUGAUAUAUACAUCGAAUUUAUAAGGCAACUAUUAUCCCAAAAUCAAACUGCAAUCAUCCAAGAGUCAAGACUAGGAAAAUGUACACAACCAGACGCUUGUCUCUUUACAUGAAUACCCCAGAAGCCAUUUCAUUACCACCAGAAGGUCCGAAUUCUGGUUAUCUAGUACUUCGAGAUGAAGAAUCCACACCAACCUAUAUUUUUGGGUUAAUCAAGGGAUCAUCUAUCAACGAUCUGCCUUUUCCUCAGAAUAAGCGCCUCUCCAUCAGAUACAAAAGCGGCGUUGGAAAAAACUCUCACACUUCUUUUGAUGAGGUUUACUUGAUUCCUGUCAUCAACCAGCCACUUUCAUCCAACCGAUAUUAUGCAAUCAAAGCAGAUGGGAAUAGCAAAGGGGAAGUAUACGCAAGCUCAAGAGAACAAGACAUGGGAAUCAGCUGUUUCUGCAUCCCAACCAUCCGAGAUGUAAAACCAAGACCAGCUUUUAAUCCGCAUGACAUAUAUCAGCAGUUUGAUUUCUCUGUAAAAGAAAAUUUCCUCAGCGGAAACAGCUUCUAUACUAAAUCCGUAGCACAGGAUGGUCAUCCUCCCUAUUUUUUACGCAACAAAGGUUGGCAUAUGGACUCCAAGUCUCUCAAAAAUUUGAACAUGGGAGACGCUCAAGGUGUUGACUCUUCUCUUAGAGCUCAACUUCCAGACUUUAUGUCAUCUCAAGAAUGUUCAAAGUCUGUGGUUGUUGGCAAGUGGUAUUGCCCUUUUAUGUUCAUCAAAGAAGGGAGGGUAAAGGAUCAAAUAAAGAAUUCCCUGUUCUAUGUGAUGACACUUGAGCAACGAUGGGAGCGGAUUUUUACUGUGGAGAGGAGCUACGGUCAGGAAAAGACUAUGACAAUCGAUAUCGAUGUGGUGGUUCCAACAGAAAUUGUAAGUAUUGCAGGACAUCAGCUAGAAGCGCAAGAAAUAACUGAAGCCAGAGGAAUGGUUUGGUACAAGGCAGCAGAAACAGAAAAUCCGUUGGGGGUGAGCUCGCUGAUUGUAGAAAGAAUGAUGUGGGAAGAAGGAAGAGUUGGAUGGGUUAAACACAAGGAAAACUGGAUCAGAGUGGUUAAACAAGAGAAAUAUCAAGGAAUAGAAGAUUGGAAAACUUAUGGUUGCUAUUUGCUUGUUGAAAGUUUUGUUCUCAAGAGGAAUGAUGGGAGCAUAGUGCUAACAUAUGAUUUCAGGCACACUCAUCAGAUAAGAAGCAAAUGGGAGUGAUUUUUCUAGACAGAGGUAAAACCAAUCUUCCUGCAGUUCUGUUCAUUUCUGCAUAAUCCUAUAUUAACAUACACUAUACUAUACAGUAUAUUAGCAAAUGGGAACGGUUGUAUUUAUCUUUAUAAUUAGUAAAUUAUACUUAUAUUGUAAAUUUGUAAUUACAUUUCAGAAAAAACAAACAGUUGUAAUAUUGUACUGUAUCUUGUUAUUCAAAUAAAUUCAUUUAUUUGUGUAUUA